AUGCACGACACCUUCCACAUUGGUAACGUACUUUCCUUUCUGCAUGCACCCACCCAUAGACCCUUCCUCAAUCAUCCGAGUUCUGACAUCAACAUACUGAGGGUAUACAAAGCUUUGAGUGUGCACAAAAACCACAAAACCUCCCUUUUAAGACCAAAUUUCUAUGACAUUUCUAAAGUCUUUAUGGCAGGUUUGAUUUUCGUGAAAGACCUCAAAAUAAUUUUUGUAUCGACUCGACUGGAUGCCGAUCCAACGCAUGCAAAAGCGGAUGGAAAGGAGAACUAUGCGAUAUUCGAGUGUAGAAUUCCAGACGGAUUCAAAGAGUCUAAAAAAUGGGGAUAUCUUCCAAUUGGGACAGGUGUCAUGUAUCUUGGAUGUUACUGGAGUGUUGUCAUUGAGAAGACCACGCCUGUUCAAUCCAAUGCAGAUUGCAAGAGCUUCUGUUUGUCCGUGGAGAACAUUUUCAUGAUUGGCUUGCAAAGAGGUGAGGCAUGCCACUGCCUGAGUAGUGCAAAAUAUCCAGUCAGUUCAUCUCAUUGUGACAGGAAGUGUCCCAAUGAUCACGAUCGUUGCGGCGGCCUCGAGUUUUUCUCUGUUUUUCAAAGUUAUUCACUUAGUUAUUUACCGUUGAAAUAUUUAAAAUAA